AUGUCUAAUCCUGUCCUGUCUUCCUUUAAGACUGCUCCUAUACCUCACGGGCUAGACAGGAUACCAGAUAUACAGGGAUACCUUGUGAUCAACUCUGAUGGAGCAGUGCUCGCUGUGAGUGUUUGGCUGAGAAAUCAAACAUUUGAUAUACAGUACAUUGGAACCCUUUCCUAUGACCACCUGGGUUAUAUACUUAACAAAUAAAUACCAAUAAUUGUUGCCGUGUGCCUGUUCAGUAGUAGAUCACAGAUGACAUUGAAAUGUGGUAAAAACAAAAGAGUGGCACAAGAUUUUCAGAUGAGUGUGGCACAAGGGAGCUUAAGCAAAGACGAUGACAACAGCAGUGAAAAUGUCAAUAAAAAUAAAUUUACAUCCCUUCAAACUCUAUUGCAUCGAUUUGGAUCUGCUCAGUUUGUCAAAUGUAGGCAACGUCUCCUGGAGUUGUACAACUUAAGGACUUUACCCAGGUUCAAAACAAGAAAAGAAAAUUGGCUAUUUGAAAGUUCACAUCCAUAAAACGUCACAUUAGUACGGGUGAUUAGUCAAAGCAUGUACUAAAAAGUGUGAUGUUCAUGCAGAGCUGUUGUUUUGCGGAAAAACCAUUGUUUUUUUAUGUUGUUAUUGUCGUGGUUGUUGAAGCUCCCUACUGUUGUUUCAGCACAUUUUGACAUCUUCUGUGAUCUAUUAACUAGAUACCCAUGGCAACAUGGAAUCCCUUUUACACAAUGAACAAAAAAGAAAAAACGUUUCUUGGGUGUCAUCCAUUUUCCAUACUCUAAAGCCUGGUUUCCAUAUGAUCGUCCGGAUCACCCUAGUCGUUUCAAAAUAUUUCGAGACGAUGCGGAAGACUGGGGUGAUUGGUAGUUUCCAUAUGAUCGUCUCGACGCCUCAAAGGCAAGAGACGCAGGGUUGUCGGCGAUGUCUCUGGGUCACACAACAGAAUUUUUGUGCGUGUUUUGCAAACAAGCCACAUAAAUGGAUGAUUUUUAUUUGUAAAGCGAACCUUGUACCUUGGUAUCUGCUUUUUCUCUUGAUUUUCCAGCAUUGACAUGCGAGAAUAGUUCCCCAAAGACAUGGUAUCUCUUCGAAAACUUGAUGUCACGGAGUUUCUCUGAUUUCAAAUAACCCCGUACGCGCUGCGAAUAUUUGUGUAUUAUUUUUUCGGCUUCAGUGCCAUGCGGGCCGAAUUUAUUCUCGAUUACUGGAAUAAAAGUGAUGACUUCUGGGAUGGCCUUCGACCAUCCCAAUUGUGUCAGUCGUUUGAGAGCGUUUCCAUAUGAUCGCUUCAAAAUUUACAUGAUCGUCCAGAUAGAACUCAACUCUAUCCAAGCAAUCGAGGUCGUCUCAGUCAUCCGGGUCGUUUGCGAUCGUCUGGGUAGCAUUUCCAUUGGAUCGACCCGAUCGUCUGAACAUUUUUUGAGACAACUGGAACGAUUGGGACGAUUCCGGACUAUCAUAUGGAAACCAGGCUUAAUAGAUCAUGGGCAAGGGUCAAUUAAAGCACCUGUAAUAUUCACCACAUUGUAGUAAACAAUGAACAUUAAUUUGAACCUCAAACAAAAAAUCAUUGGGAGAGGAUAUUACAUGGCUGCACAAAGAUACAAAAAUUCUGUUUGGGUGUUGAUAAACAUGUUAUGAGUCAAAUAUCUUUUAACACGAGAAGAGAAAUGUGGUCUUCAAGCAGUCAUAUCAUAUUUAGGAUUGUUAUAUCUUAGCUCAGUAUCUCGCUUUUAUUUGUUUAUAUGAAACUAGUUCGACUUGACCUAGCCUCUACCAGUAUUCACCAAAUCAGUGGAUAACAAUUUUUGCACAUUCAGAUUGGCUCCUGUAACUGGGAAUAUCCUUGGAUAUUCACUGUUUUGGGACAGGAUUCAAAAUGGCUUCUUUUUUGGAAGAUGAAAUUUAAGGGGUAAAUGAAGCAGCUGCACCAUCAAAUACCUAGAAAGAGACAAAAUUUGGCUUGUCGGUGUUUACUGGGCGGUAGAAAAAAAAUUCUUACUAAUUUGCAACAAAAUCAUAAAAAAGUGUUCCCUGAAACACUGUCAAUUGAAAUCUAAACAAACUCUUAACUGAGUGAUGUCUUUUAUUUACAAAAAGUUUUUUAUUUUCAUCCAACUGAUUUGGUAAAUACUAAAACAACUAUCCGCCUCAGGGUUGGUUCAUAGCACAAGAUAUAUGUACCUUGACGCUUUGCAUUUUAGUAUAUAUCCACUUCUAUUCACCUCCAAUUCUGGGGGAAGUUGUAUACUAUCCAACAAUAUUUUCCAGGAUAACAUCUCACUUGUUUUUAUGACCCACUGCCCAAUCUUGAAGGGGAAAUUAGUAUGUUCUACAAUUUUUUUAGGUUUUUGUGCCCUCUGGGUAGGAAAAAACUAAUAUAAAGUUUGUAGCCUGUCACAGGAAAUACCGUUGCUCACAGAUCCAGGUAAUGAUAUUUGAAGAUCACCCAGCUGCCUUCACCCUAGCCUGACAUCCAGAAAUGGGAUAAUUCUCAUAAAGAUUCCUUGGCUACUUUUGUUUCAAUAAUAUUAUUAUUGUCUCUUCAGUCCUCUGGUGACCUUGAAAACAAUGAGAAUGUAGCAGGAGUGAUAACAAAGAUGCUUCAGACAGCAGCCAAAGUUCCCAUAUCAGGCGACAGGACACAGACAUUCAAGAGAAUGUCAGGUGGGUUGUUCAUUGUGCUGGGGUUAUUUUAUCUCACCACCUUACUGUUGAGUUAAUAACUAUGUAGGCAAUGUUAAUUAAUUUAAGCCUUGGCUUUAAGUCUUAACCCAUUCGCCCCUGAACCGCCCGUGCGGAUCCACGUCCUUUCUACCCUUUGUGAUGUCAUCAGUUUUAACGGUCAAGGACAACUUUGCCCGCUAACUUGUGCAGAGUGAAGAGAUCUUUCAAACCAUACCAGAAUGAGCACAAUUCAGUCAAGGACACCGGAGAAAGAGGCAAAAAACCAUGUAACAUUGACCUGAAAAUCUCCAUGAAAAUCUUGUUCCAUUGCCCACCUACCUUUCCUUUCACCUAAUCCUAAGAUCCUAAAAGCUUUCCUAAAAACUAUUCCCACCAAAAUGAAGCCUACUAAAUGCCCAGCAAGAGAAAAAAAAUGAGGCAAGAAAAGCGAAAAAAGAGGGGAGGAGAGAAAGCGAAAAGUAAAAGUCAAGACUGCUGUGUCACUUUUAAACCCAAAAACUAUCUCGAAAUUUUGCUUUCUGCGCAUGCCCGAACUUCGCAAGCUGAUAUUUUGCAUCUGGAUCAGAAGGCCAUGAAGUGUACCACCUGUAAACCGGUUUGUGGUAAGUUUUAGCUCUUUAUAGCACGACAGUGACCAGAAAACCACUCGACUAGCUUCAAAACGCGUUUUUCGGCAAAAACUCCAGGAGCGAAUGGGUUAAGAGUGUCCAACGUCAAUUUUCUCCUAACAAUCGCAAUACAUAAUCAAGAGAAAAGGUUAGAAGAAUUAUUAUUAUUACACAUUGUACUCACUAUCUGUCUUCUCAUCUCAUUGACUAAGAGCCUACAGCUAAUUUUGGAAAUUAGUGCAACCUACACUGAUUAGUCAGUUAUCUGCUAGCAGAUAACUGACUAAUCUGUAGGUACAUGCAGUGCAUGAUUUUCAAAAACAAUAUCAAUUCAGGUUCCUUGCGAUGGUGUGUUUGUCAUUAUUUUCAUUAGAACAAUAUAUAAUAAAACAAUCAUUGGUUCCAGUUUUUGUGAUUUCCUCAAUAAUCAAAGUCUCGGCAAGUGUUAUCAGCCUUUGCCUUUGGCUUGGCUGAUAACACCUUGACCUUGAUUAUUCCAGAUAUCAUAAAAACCUCAUCCAAUAAUAUUGUUUAAAAUUGCCACCCAAGGGAAAAUAUUUCGAUACUUUUCUCAAUUAAUUAUCCUGCGAACAGAGUCUGCUUCAAUCUUCCUAGAUACGGUAAGUCGGGAAGAGGAAGGAACCUCUGCUGACAUCCUCGACAAUUCAUAUUGGACAUGCUUCAAAUUCAAAUUUUUCUGUGACGUCAAUCAAACCAUUACCGUAGCAUCCACUGUGUUUGUCAGCAAAUGUAAAUGUUAGCGGGAACAUACCGGUUCGUUUUCACCUUUCCGUAUCUGUGUUUCCUCUGGAUUUGGAAGCUCAAUAGGAACAACUUCUCCUUGGAAUCUAAACUUGCCAUGUUUCAGUAUAAAGAAGACAAAAAACUGAGAGCUUAGGUAAAACUUACGGUGCUUUUCAAAAACAAAGCAACGAACCCUGAAACACUGAAACACACAAAACGGAUUGAAAUCCACCAAUCACAAACCAUGACCCCUUUUGUUUCCUAAGAGCUUUGCUAAGAUGUAAAGGGUUAGAAAGCAAAGAAAGCCGCUGCUUUUUCAGAUUUUGAAAAAUACAAAAUCCAAAGACGUUUUUGAUAUCGCAGGUCGGCUGUUGUCCAAAACCAGCUGUAAAAGCAUCGAUCAUUUAAAUGCAACUUGGAUUCUGUAGCCUCAUGAUUGUAUUUUUGUUAUGAAUUAGCAAACACAAAAGAAUAGGCAUAGAUAUUUUUAUUCAAAACCCAUUUGUUUAUCCUUCCAAGAACUUUGGGUAACACUUACCGGAUUAAGGAUCCGUUCACGCAAGUAAAAUCGGCUAAGCACAUGGUUAAAUCCAAAACAAAAUCCAUCUCAAAUCAGGUGCAUUUUCCAAGUUUUCUAAAACUGAACGUUCAGUCUAAAAUUUUCUCAAAAUACUUGCAUGAAAUUUAAGAGGUAGCUAUUUGUUUUGAACAUUACGGAGGGUAGGCACAGAAAGAAUCGGUAAAACUCCAGAAUACGCAUGUGUGCACAGCUAAAACUGGUUUAUCCAGUAUGAAACUUGUCUGACUCAUCGAAAUUACAGGAUGAUUGGCAAAUCAAAGGAAUUUGAAGAUGUCGGCAGAGUCGCUUCCUCUUUCCCAACUUAUCCAGGAAAGAUCAAAGUGACUCUGCUAGCAGGGUAUCAAUUAAUAAUCUUUAAGGAAAUUUAUGGAGAUCAGUCUGGAGACUAAAUAUUACUAUUUGGGUAAAUGAGCUCUAAUUUUAUUGGCUGCCUAGUGUUAAGGGUGCUCAUUGUUAUCUUAAUAUAUUUUUUUCUUCUUUGCAGUGCAUUAUGAAGACUUCAUCUUAAUGGCAACAGUGUCCAAUCAAAAAAUAUAUGUGGUUAAGAGACCUGCAAAACAAGAGUCAGAAUGA